CCCUGCCUUUAUUGGUAAACAAGCUUCGCCCACAAAACUAGAUUCGCCAUUACGGAGCUACAUCCAGGCCUGCACCGACUACUCAAGAUUUACUGCUUAUGUGUGAUAAACUAUUACGUAAAAUUUACAUUUAUUGAGCAUAUUUUUGUUUUACCUCUACGAUAAAAGUAAAUGACCGAUUAGUAAGCGAGAUGCAACCAUAAUCGAUUGGAUCGGAAAGUAAGGUUAGUGCCAUAGCCAUAGGCAGACAGUGAAAGUGUUAGCUGUAGUAGAUAGUUGACGAGGGGGGGGGGAGCACGCUUUAUAGAAUAUGAGUGGGUAUGAUCAGGAACAUGUGAUGGUCAGCCAUUGUGUACUUUAUAAUCUGCAUUGUGAUUACGAAUAUGUUUACACAUUACAAACCAGUUCUCCUCUUUAAAAUUCACUGUAACUUGAUAUCGAUCUAACUGUAUGAUGGCCUGACUGUAUGAUGGCCUGAUUGUAUGAUGGCCUGAUUGUAUGAUGGCCUGACUGUAUGAUGGCCUGAUUGUAUGAUGGCCUGAUUGUAUGAUGGUCUGACUGUAUGAUGGCCUGAUUGUAUGAUGGCCUGACUGUAUGAUGGCCUGAUUGUAUGAUGGCCUGAUUGUAUGAUGGCCUGAUUGUAUGAUGGUCUGACUGUAUGAUGGUCUGACUGUAUGAUGGCCUGACUGUAUGAUGGCCUGACUGUAUGAUGGCCUGAUUGUAUGAUGGUCUGACUGUAUGAUGGUCUGACUGUAUGAUGGUCUGACUGUGUGAUGGUCUGACUGUAUGAUGGCCUGACUGUAUGAUGGUCUGACUGUGUGAUGGUCUGACUGUAUGAUGAUCUGAUGGUCUGACUGUAUGAUGACCUGACUGUAUGAUGGUCUGACUGUAUGAUGGCCUAAUGGUCUGACUGUAUGGUGGCCUGACUGUAUGAUGGUCUGACUGUAUGAUGGUAUGACGUUAUGAUGGUCUGACUGUAUGAUGGCCUGACUGUAUGAUGGCCUGACUGUAUUAUGGUCUGACUGUAUGAUGGUCUGACUGUAUGAUGGUCUGAUGGUCUGACUGUAUGAUGACCUGACUGUAUGAUGGUCUGACUGUAUGAUGGUCUGACUGUAUGAUGACCUGACUGUAUGAUGGUCUGACUGUAUGAUGGUCUGAUGGUCUGACUGUAUGAUGGUCUGACUGUAUGAUGGCCUGAUGGUCUGACUGUAUGAUGGCCUGAAUAUAUGAUGGUGUGACUGUAUGAUGGUCUGACGUUAUGAUGGCCUGACUGUAUGAUGGUCUGACGUUAUGAUGGCCUGACUGUAUGAUGGCCUGACUGUAUGAUGGCCUGAUUGUAUGAUGGCCUUACUGUAUGAUGGCCUUACUGUAUGAUGGCCUGAUGGUCUGACUGUAUGAUGGCCUGACUGUAUGAUGGCCUAACUGUAUGAUGGCCUAACUGUUUGAUGGCCUGACUGUAACAUGGCCUGACUGUAUGAUGGCCUGCACUGUGAUGGCAAAACUUUGUUAUCAUAUAAUCAAAUCUAUAUCUAUAUCAAUAACGCUAUCGUUAUGUUCGGCUACCUUUGAUAUAUUAUAUGAACACAUAAAUAUAUAAUCCUAACAAACCUGGUCAACUUUUAAUUGUUUUUGGAGUUGAUAUAUCAAACGACAACAAAAUAUCUUCAGUAUCGAUCACAAAUAAUAAUAAUAAUAAUAAUGAAAACAUGUGUGUGUUGGGGGGUGGGUGGGGGCGACGUCCCUGUUUAUAUCAGCCAUAUAAUAAAAUAAGGGCCCACAAAAUGUACAAAACAUAAACAUGCUAUUUUUUAAAUCUACCUUCUUCUCCAGAAUGUCAGAGAAACCGAUAUCACGGCGUGACCUUGACAUCCUGCUGAUUGGCAAGACUGGCAAUGGCAAAAGCGCGACAGGCAACACGAUCCUCGGUCGGAAGGCUUUCCGGUGCGAGCCUGGCGUCAACUCCGUGACCAAAGCGAUGCAGUACGAGUACUCGAAAAUCAACGGACGGGUGCUCAAAGUCGUCGAUGGACCCGGGGUCUGCGACACCGAGGAGAGCGAAGAGGGCGCCCUGAAGCUGAUAUUCGCAACGGUGCAGCAGGCGAUAGCCGCCAACCCAGACGGUUACCACGCAUUCCUCCUGGUCGUCAGGUUCGGCGGCAGGUUCACGGCCGAGGAUGUCCAGACCGUCAAUGUGCUCAAGGGGGUCUUCGGCGAGGACUUCGUGCGCACCUACUGCAUCCUGAUGGUAACCUGCGGCGACAGCUACGACCCCGAGGAGACCGGUUAUCCGUCGUUCGACGACUGGUGCAGGACCCAGAAUGGCGUUUUCAGAACCCUGAUUGAAGAAUGCAACAAGAGAGUGAUCCUUUUCGACAACAGAACCAAAGAUGAAGCGAAGCUGAAAGCCCAGCGUGACCGCUUGAUUGGUAUGGUCGAGGGCCUGAGUGCCCUGGGGCGGAGGUACAGCGGCGAGCACUUUGAAAAGGCGCGGAAAGAGAGAGACCGACUCAUGGUGCAGACGAAAUUUUACCAGAUCAGGGAAGAGAGUCUCAAAGAAACGAGCCUGGUCCUGCAGGAACUUGGCAGCGUUCAGCUCAAAGACCCCGACCAGCAACUCGAGCAGCUGGAGGACCUGAGGCUGAGAACGGAUUCCCUCCUGACAAGCGUCAAGAACGAAGACAGAGAAACCGGAGCCCUGGACGCGAUCAUCAAAAAUGUCGCGGGAAUAAUGAAAAUUAUCGAGGAUCAAAUGACCAACGCCCGGGACGCCACUGAGAUCAAGAAGAGGCAGGAACGGCAGAGGCAGGAGAUUGAGAGGCUGAGGCUUGAGAGAGAGCAAGAACAGAGAGACCUGGACGAGGAGCAGAGACGGGAGCUGGAGGAGAGGAUACGUUUGAUGGAGGAGAAGAGUCGGUGCGAUCAGAUCGCGAUGGAGAGAAUGGUUCACAGUCAGAACGCUCUCAGGAGCCACGCCGCGCUUCUGGAGAACGAGUACAGGAAGGUCAAAGAGGAAAAGGUCACGGAGAUGGUCUCGGCCAUCUUCUGCGCAUUGCGACAGGUCGCAGACGCCGUACUCCCUCAUUUGGUGAGCUUACCGCGGAGGGAAAAUGAAGCCGUCAGGGGUAACUGUAGACUUAGGGCAAUAGAGGAUAAGUGAAAGAGGAAAAGAGACGUGCCCAGAAAACAUAAUCUCUUUUUUUUUUUUACUUUUUAUAUCUUCAAAUCUUAUUUAUUUAUCGUCUUCUCGAUUGUUGGUGUGUCUUAUAUAGCGUUUGAAACUCGCUUUUAAAAAAUCAUUAGGCCUCCCAUUUUAAUGCAUUUUAUUAUCUCAAUAAAUUCGUAUAGCUUCAUGAUGCAGACCUGCUUACGCCUGGCUUAGUGUCAGGGUAGUUUUUUCAGCUGUCCAUUACCGUAGUUUCAUACUCCAAAAGAGUAAUUUGGUCUUUUGAAUGGGGGAAGAGGGGGGGGGGGGGCGGGACCGCUGGUUUACAAUCAAAAUACAAGUUGUGUCAGGAAACCGAAGCCUGUUUUUUUCAGCCCGGUCCUAGUGGCGUAGUCUUAGGUGUAUGUAGUUUCAUACUCCAAAAGAGUAAUUUGGUCUUUUGAAUGGGGGAAGAGGGGGGGGGGGUGCGGGACCGCUGGUUUACAAUCAAAAUACAAGUUGUGUCAGGAAACCGCAGUCUGUUUUUUUCAGGCACGUCAUAGUGGCGUAGUCUUAGGUGUAAGAACGUAGUGACUGCGUCAGGGCGUAGGGGUAUGAAGGUCUGAAUGGUGAUGUUUAAAAACAAGUUUUGACUUUCUUUAUUGUCCCCCUAAACCUCAUUUAUAUUCAUUUAUAUUCAUUUAUAUCUUAGGAAAGUUUUAUUUUUAGUUAACGUUUAAAGAUGUUCAAAAAAUACUUUUGUCAAGGAACGUAUAAAUCGUUUAUAAGUGUUAUCAAAACUAUGUACCGUAUAUAAGAAUGUAGUGGUAUUAAAUGAUACCCUUAACGUUGUCGGUAUGUUUCAUGAAUUCAAUAUUUGAAAUAUACUUGUCACGUUUCGAAUACCCAUGACGUUGAUCGUAACAACAUGCUUCACACUUCCACAGCCAUGAAGAUGACCGUAACAAUAAUAUGUUUCAUGCUAAUGUAGAUUAGUUUCGACAUAAUUUUGAAGAAAAUAGCCACGCUGAUUGGUUUCUUUGAUUUUUAAAUAUUUUUUUUGUUUCCUUUUGUGUGUGACAAACAUCAGAGUUAUGACCCCUAACAACAGCAUGUCCCCGGCCUCAAACUAACAAACAUACACAAAAACACACACAUACACACACAUUUACAUAUAUAUAUAUAUAUAUAUAUAUAUAUAUAUAUAUAUAUAUAUAUAUAUAUAUAUAUAUAUAUAUAUAUAUAUAUAUAUAUAUAUAUAUAUAUAUAUACACACAUACAGUGUGUGUUCUUGUUGGCAGUUAAAUGUCUUUAGUGACAAGGGUUUUAAGGUUGAUUGAUGCAUCUUCAUAUUACCCAGAGACUAUCAAAAUAAAAUCAAAGACACACACACAUAACACACACGCACACAAGAGCGUACGCAUUCAACGAUUUACAGAAACGUAAACGAAGAAUGCACAUCGUGAAACGACAGUGUUCAAUACAGGAGGAAGACAUAUCGGUCUGAAUACUUUGAUGAUAAACAUGUGCAAUACUAACAGGUACCGUACUGUCUUCAAAUGUAGCUUUUUAACAACUUCAAUGCAUGCAAGCUCGUCAAGUUGUAUUACUUAGGGGAGGUUUCUUUCGAAAAGUAUAAAUCUAACUUCAUGUUAAUCAAGGACUUCUUCUAUUAUUGAUUUAUGUUCAAUCUUUACCUUUAUUUUUUUUAUGACUGCAAUUUUAUGUAUUAUAUUUACUUUCGUUUGUUUGUUCUUGUUUUUUAUGAUUUCAAUUUUUGUAAAGGAUAUAUGUACCAAACAAAAUGGAAGAAUAUAAUAAAAAUGUGCUUUUUAUUAUUUC